AUGGAGAGAGCAUACUAUUACUUUCCUGUAGGACUUUUAUUAGCCACUUCUCUGUUAGCCGUGGGCACAGCCGAUAUCAUAAAUGAUAAAUCUGCCCUUGUAGCUUUCAAAAAUCACAUAGUUCUUGAUCCUCACUCAAUUGUGGCCAAAAAUUGGUCCAUUUCUUACUCUGUCUGUGAUUGGAUUGGAGUUACAUGUGACUUUAGUCGUCAAAGAGUGGUGGCAUUAAAUAUUUCUAACAUGGGUUUUGCAGGCACGAUUCCUCCACAACUGGGAAACCUCUCAUUCCUUGUUUCUGUCGACAUGAGCAACAACAAUUUUUAUGGUCAUUUGCCAAAAGGAAUGUCUCAUUUGCGUCGACUAAGUUUCAUGGCUUUAGGCAACAACAUUCUCACGGGAGAAAUUCCAUCAUGGUUAGGUGUCUUGGAUAGACUUCAAUACCUGUCCUUGAGAGAGAAUAAUUUUGUUGGCCAUCUUCCUGCUAACAUAUGCGACAACCUUCCAAAUCUAAAAAAGCUCGAUCUGUAUUGGAAUCAAUUGAGUGGCCAGCUACUAUCAGGUUUAUCAAACUGCUCCGGACUCAAGUCGUUAGAUUUGUCACUCAACCAGUUCAAUGGUUACAUACCAAAAGCGGUGGGGAACCUGAAAAUGCUUGAGGAGCUACAUCUCGACAAUAACAUCUUGAAAGGUAGCAUUCCCGAAGAGAUAGGCAAUCUCCAGAGCUUGAGGGCCUUGUCCAUAGAAAGCAGCAAUUUGAGUGGAUCAAUACCCAGGGAAAUUGGAAACGUAACUAUGCUUGAAGGAGUAGAUUUUUCUAACAACAGACUUACAGGUCCGAUUCCAAACGAGAUUGGCAACUUGCUCAAAUUGGAAAGCCUUGACUUGGGAUGGAAUAGCUUAAGUGGUUCGAUACCAGUUGCUAUCUUCAAUAUCUCAACUCUGAGGAUGCUCCGCCUUCAUGACAAUCAAUUAUCUGGCGUUCUUCCAUCAAAUAUGUGCCAUGGCCUACACAAUCUGGAAGAUAUUGAUCUUUAUCUGUCUGCUAACAAUUUGACGAGUGAAUCUUCAUCCCCAGAAUUGGGUCUCUUCACUUCCCUCACAGGUUGCAUCUCUUUAAGAGAUAGCAUUGUGGGAGACAAUCCGUUAAAUGGGGUUCUUCCGAGAUCCAACGGGAAUCUUUCUAUUUCUGUUGAAUGGUUGGAUGUAAGGAACUGUGGACUCAGGGGGAACAUUCUAGACAGCAUUGGAAACUUGAGCAAUUUAGUUUAUUUAGGUCUAGGUGACAAUAGCUGGACUGGAUCAAUUCCAACUGCAAUAUGGGGUUUGCAAAAGCUUCAGUAUUUGGAUCUUAGCAAUAUUUCCCUCACUGGUCCGCUCUCUCGUGGUCUCUGUGGAUUGCAGAGUUUGGAGGGUUUAGGCCUAAGUCAAAAUCAGAUUAGCGGUUCAAUUCCAGGAUGUUUUAAUAAUCUUACAUCUUUGAAAUAUCUUAACAUUGCUUUCAAUAGAUUAACCUCUACUCCUGCCAAUGGGCUUGUGGGAUCUUAA